UCUCCAUUUCGGGCCUCAAUCUCCCCACCUAGUGGAACUGUAGGGAACUGGAUCAGAGGACCGGUGAAAACUCCUUUCGUAGGAUAAAUCCAGCCAUCUGCGCCCUUCGUCCUGCCCUCUUUUCUCCUCAACUUUUUCUGCCCCCUCGCAGGGUGCCUCUCCUUUCUCUUUUUCUACCCAGGUUGUCUCACCCGAGUGAACGGUCACAAUUGCCCCUGGCCCGCGUCAAUGCCCGGCCCCCAGGGGCGGGUACAGGUGAGAGCCUAGGUGGAGCGGCCUCCAAUCCUAGCCUGACCGCCAGACCUGUCACCACCCGAGAUCUCCGCUGGCGGCGGCAUCCUGAGCAGCUGCUGCGGCCGGAGGUCGGAUUUGCAGGCAAGAGAGAAAUCCUCCCCAGCCCAGCCGUGGGGGCUCACCCCACGGCCGCAGGCAUGAAGUGAUGCUCCAGGGACCAGAGUCUCAGGCGCUGCUCCCACUCCCGUUCCAGCUACUAGAUAGUUUAGUCUCCUGUUCUCUGACUCCCCGUCCAUCUAGUGAGGGAAGGGAAGGAAAGGCAAGGAAAAAUCGAAGCCCAAACCAAGCCCUCCAAACCGCUUCUUCGGGAGAGCUGCCUCUACUGCUGCCCCUCACUCAGAACCUCACCCCUCCCUGCUCUUCUGCCCUCACGGGGGUUGGAACUUUGGAGGGCUGGGGAGUGCAAGGCAGGAGAAGGGGCCCCUCCCGAGGUAUAUGUCUUUUAGUUGAUUGGAUAGUUGGUCUCCCCUUUCUAAGCAACCAUGGGCACCCAAGGACCCUACCGCUCUCACAGCUUGUUGGACGUCACUCCAGCCAGGACCAUCCUGGUGUACCGUAAUGGAGACCAAUUCUACGUGGGUAAGAAGUUUGUGAUCAAUCGCAGGCGGGUCUCCAGCCUUGAAUCCCUGAUGACUCAGUUGAAUGAGAAGGUGGCAGUGCCCUUCGGAGUGAGGCGGCUCUACACACCCUAUAAUGGACACCUGGUCCGGGAGCUGGAGGAGCUGCAACAAGGGGGCAGAUUUGUAGCAGCUGGGAGAGAAAAGUUCAGAAAACUGGAUUAUUUCCACAUAGCUCCUCAAAAACCUACAAGGAUGAAAAAGGUCAAGGAAAUCAGACCAGUUGUGCACAGCGACUUGAUUGUGCCUUCUAGGUGGCAAACAUUCAAUCCAAAGCCACGUCAUAUAAAUGUUUUCACAAAUGGGAAUCUAUUCAUUCCACCUGCAAAAUUAGUUAUACCCAGAUUCACUCUAUGUGAUUGGGAUAAUGUCCUGGCCAUGAUUGGAGAAAAAGUUCAACCCACCUCAGGGGGUGUGCAAAGACUGUAUACAAUGGAUGGAUUUCUAGUGGACGGCUCGAGUGACUUGAUUGACCACCAUUAUUAUGUUGCAUCGGGACUGGAGACCUUUAAACCGUUGCCCUAUUGGGAAACACAAAAGGUUCCUGAGGACAUCAAAAUAAGGUAUGCUGAAUUUAGAAAGAUCAUGCGAAGAAACAGAAAAGUGAGAAAUACAAGGCCCUCAGAGACCGAGCCAGUGGAGGAGGAAUUAAAAGAAGUAGUAGAUCGUUCCUUAUAUGAAGAAAUUCUAAAAAAUAGUGAGAGCUCAGUGUACCAUGCAAAAACAGAGAAGAAGCCAAAUUAUACAGAUCCAUUAACUCUAGGUGGCGCAGAAGGUGAUGUGUUUCAAGCACGCAGCCCUAGAAAAGAAUUUCAAGGAGCACUGUAUGUGAAAGAUGAUCAGAAUGUGCAAAUAGAAUUGCCCAUUGAUCAGAGACCAGCUGAAGAGAUUAAAGAUGAAGAUAUUUUUGACAUUACCAGUAAUCAUGAUAACAAAGGAAGCAAAAAAGAAUGGCGUUUAAAGAUGUUUGGCUUAUUUUUCAGAUCAAAAGUCAGAGGAUCCAAGUCUGACACUUCCCUCGUAGUAAAACAAAGACUAUCCAAACAACCACAUGACCAAAUAUUAUGCCAAGAAUCACAACUAAUAAAGAGAUCAAGACAUCCAGGACAACAGAAAAAAAAACAGAAAAAGCCACAUCAAUGCAAAGAAGAGCUGCUUCACCAGGAACAUUGGCUAUGGAACAAAAAACGAUCACAAAACAACUGAAGAGAAAACUUGACAUUCGACCUCACAGUGCACCAGCUAAAGAGGUAGUCUUGGGAGUGAGAAACCAGUGCUUUUCAACAACAACAACAACAACAGCAGCAGCAGCAACAGCAGCAGCAACAACAACAAUAAUUACUUUAAAAUCUACUUGAUGUCAAUUUUUCUCCUAUCAAAGUUACUUCCAUCUCACAUUCAGUCAUCUUAAUAGCAAGAAAAUCAUGCCUGAGGAAACCUGAGCCCCAAAGCAAUAGUUUUAGUUUACAAGGAAGGUUUCAGAUUUUUCAUGUCCCAAAUCAUUCUAAUUCUCUUUCUUGGUAAUAUUUCUUUUUACCAAAUGUUUAAAAGAAUGAAUUGUUGGUCAUUAUAAUUAAACUCCAUAAAACUCUUCCAGAAAACUACCAAUGUAUA